UUUCCAAUUGAAGAAAUUUUGAAAUUAGUGUUGAAUAAAAAUUUAUUAGGAUAUUUAAGAAAAUUUGAACGAACAGUAGAAAUUUAGACAUAUUUUUCAGUUAAGGAUACCAAGCAUAUUCUUAUGCACCGGGAUUUUUGAAAAAAAAGUGAUUUUACUUCCCGAAUGGGAAGCAAGUAACUAUAUUUUAUAUAAAGUUUCCCAUUCAGGAAGUAGGGAAACCCAGUUGUUGACUGCCCAAAUGUGAAGUUUCUCCUACUGAUACCGGAUAUUACGCUACUUAACACAUUGUUUUCAUUACAUAUGGUUUAUCCACAUCUUCAGCGCACAUAUCGGAAUACCAAAUUGACAGGAAAUGGCCGCAGAAGUAAAGCCACAAGAAAUUUUUAUGGAGAACAUUCAACUAAAGGAAGAAAAUGAAAACCUUAAACGGUUUAAGGAAAGAGUUGAACGACAUCCUGGCCUUGCAUACGAAAGUCCAGUCUCAGAUGAAAAGGAAGCUUGGUUGCGGUCUUUCUUGUAUGAUAAAGAUACCAGAGUUGUUAUAGAUAGAACCCCUUCGUGCAAUAAAUUUUGCACACACUUCGUAUUGAAGAAUCUGUUUAAAGUGUUGAUGGUAGUGCUGGUUACUGCUUGUGUGAUAACUGCGUAUAUGCUGACAGAACGAAGACAUGAAAGUGCACUGCAAGCUUUGGUUUCCACAGCAACAUCGUCUAAGAAAGAGCCGACCGGAGUUUACGGUGGCAUUUUACCUAUCAUCGCUAAUAAAGCUGGAAACACAGUUCAAGACACCAUACAGAAGAAUUACUUAAACAUCGGGUUGCGUCAAGACUACCAACUUCAGGAAUGUCAAGGAUCACAACUUAAACAGUCUUUCCCCGACGUGGAUUAUUCUCUGCUCGGCUAUAACAUAUUGAAGGGCUUCCCGCUCGCCACCGGUCAUGACCCUGGCUUCACAUACCCAAUAUUUCGGCAUGAUUACUCUUCUGGUGGCAUGACCGCCGACUGCCGGUACAGUGUACCACGUGGCCUUGUAGUUAUCCCGGAUGUCUCGUGCGUAACUUCGUUCUCAUCAACAGCAAUACAGACAAAAUACGAAUUUUCAAAGGCGUUGUCAGUUUCCGCUAGUGUAAGCGGAGGUGGAUGGGGAGUGAGCUUUUCUGCAAGUGCAGGGUACAAACAGUCUUCGUCAGAAAUGUCCACUGGAGAAUCAGUCUACAUUAUAUCGUCUGCUCAUUGUAAUUAUUACUUUAGUAAGCUAAUAACAGAAGAGGCUCCACAGUUUGACAAAGUCUUUGUCAAAUGGAUUCACAAACUGAAUGAAACGGAUUGGGAUCCUGAACUGUACUUCGAAUUCUUCGAGACAUACGGAACACAUUUUCCAACUGAGGUUACUUUUGGUGCACGAUUUAUCUACGAGCAUAAAAUGUCGUCUUCCAAGUAUGAAAGUGAAAAGAAAAGCGGGAAGAAUGUUGCUGUUCAAGCAAGCUACUCAGGAUUGUUUAGUGUAGGCGCUGGUUUCAGUUUAGAUUCCGAGCAGCGACAGGCAGCGUCCGAAUUCUCGAAAUCAGUUGAAACCAAGACAAUCACUGUUGGUGCAGCACCGCCUUCAAACGGCGAUGCUAUGACGUGGGCGUCAGAGGUCAAGACAAGUCCAGUACCGACAGCGUAUAAACUAUCAUCGAUCGAACUUCUGUUUACUGACAGAUACAUGGGGAAACUGAAUGUAGAUUACGGACGUAUUCGUAAAAAUAUAGACACUAAGAAGCAUGAAUAUUGCCUAUAUCUGAGGACACAAGGGACAGUUGAGUCAUGUGAUAGUCUGGUUGCCGGACUUGAGUUGGCAAAGACAAGAUUAUUCAAUCAUUACAAAGAAAUGCAGGUUUCUUUGAGUUCGGAAUGUAUCGAGAAAUGUUUGGAAGAAGUAGAAUGUGUUGCAGUGACAACUUGUAUUACUUGCAAGAGUGACAAUUAUGCAUACAAUACUUGCUACAUGUACACAGAAAGAGGAUACUCGACUGGAGGGGAGAAAACUGAAACAGAAAACGCAGUAUGGCAAAGCAAUAUAUUUCCAGAGAAAAUUAAAUCUCAGAUUGAACUUAGCGACACAGCAAUUGUCGGCGUACCGCGCGGGUUUGAAAAUGAUCAAGACAAAAAUGCAAAUCAAAGAAAAUGUCACGAGCUUUGCAUGAAGGACGCCCACUGUGUUGCGUACACGCACUGUUACUGUCCUAGCAAAAUAGUGAAGUGCAAUAUGUAUAGCAAGGAGAGAAUAUCGGGCUUGGAUAAACAAUCUGGCACGACGACAUUUUUCAUUUCGAGCCGUCAGCAUUUCGAAACAACUACUCGGGUACCAACCAAAGUUGGAUAACAACAACAACAACAACAACAACAACAAAUGUACCGUGGGAUAACAGCAAACGAGUGAUAUCGACUCUUGUUUUCAUGUUAUUCAAUGAUUAUAUUUUUUCAUGAACAACAAUUAUUUUAGUCUUUUUAACGAUUCCACGGUAAACUGAUCACGGAUUAACAAAGUAAUGUUCUACGACUGAAUGUUCUUGAAUGGAAAAAAAAGAUGUAUAAUAGAACUUAAAUAAAUUCAUGCUAUAUCAA